UUAGAGCUUGACCUGUUGAGGACUGGUCAAGUCAGUUGUAGGUGUGGUAAAUCAUUUUGGUCAACACAAGUACAAUUGUGGUCGAGAUGAUAGGACGUCUGUUGGUGGUAUUUGGUGGCCUGUGUCUGUCGUCAGGAGAAUAUGAACUAUCGGAUUAUGCAAGCCACCCUUGUAUUCGUGAGUGUGGGGAGGGAGCGCCCCCUAUGACGUGCACCUACAACUUCACAGUAGAAGACUACUAUGUCUUGACCAAGGCUUGCUACGACUGUCCGUACAACAUCACCGACUGCUACCGUCCGCACUGUGUCGCUACUGAUGGCGUAGGGAGAGGCAUCAUCACAGCUAACAGGAUGCUACCAGGACCUGCGAUACAGGUAUGUCACAACGACAUGAUCAUCGUCAACGUGCACAACAAGCUACACGGGUCACAGGCAACCACCAUCCACUGGCACGGUGUGUUCCAGAAAGGUUAUCAGCAUCAUGACGGUGUCAGCAUGAUAACCCAGUGUCCGAUAACACCACACUCCAAGUUCCAAUACAGGUUCAAGGCAGGUAACCGGGGUACUCUCUAUUGGCACGGCCAUGCUGGCCUUCAUCGCUCUGAUGGUUUAUUCGGGGCGCUGAUCAUCCGGGAACCUCGGUCACGUGAUCCUGCCUCGCACCUGUACGACCAUGACCUUCCGGAACACACCAUGAUUGUACAUGACUGGCUUGUGGAACUGACCAUUAACAGGUUUGCCGGACAUCAUCACGCUGGAUACGACAACAAACCUGCGUCUAUGCUCAUCAAUGGUCGUGGAGCGUUCAGGGCGUUCCCCAGUACAGACACCAACAGCACCGUCUACACUCCUUACUCUGUCUUCAAAGUCAGGAGGGACCAGAAAUACCGCUUCAGAGUCAUCAGCAACGGCAUCCUGAACUGCCCCAUCCAGGUCUCUGUAGACCACCACGACAUGACCAUGAUCGCCUCCGAUGGCGUCCCACACGACCCUGUCGUUGUCAGCUCGUUCAACAUCUUCGCUGGAGAGAGGUUCGACUUCAUAUUGGACGCUGACAAGGACGUGGGUAACUAUUGGAUUCGAACUCGAGGAAUGGCGGAUUGUAGUGUGAAGUCCGCGAAACAGGUCGCCAUCUUGAGGUAUGAAAACGCCACGGAGACGGAGCCCAGUGAACCAACAGACUAUGAGAGUGGGCGGAGAGAAGGGAAGUUGCUGAACCCAUGGAACAAGAAGGGCACCCCUGACUUGACCCCCGUGUCGUGGUUGAACACCACCAUGGCAGAUCCCCUCCACAUGAAACAGGUGCCCGAUAAAAUGUUUUACGUUGCCAUGGACUUCAACAAAUUAGACAACUAUGUGUUCAACCACGAAGAUUUAUACCCCUUGGCUGCCGUAAACAAGAAGAAUAAACUCUACUUGCCACAGAUGAAUCACAUCACCAACAUUGUACCGCCGUCACCCCUACUGUCUCAGUUUGAGGAUAUACCGAAGGACAUGUUCUGCGGCCCUCACAACACGAAGAACUGCAGCCAUGAGUACUGUGAAUGCAUCCACCUCAUCAAGGUGGACUUGGACGACACGGUGGAGUUUGUGCUCAUUGACGAGGGCGUCACCUUCAACGCAAACCAUCCGAUGCAUCUACAUGGCCACCACUUCCGGGUUGUUGCCAUGGACAGGGUCAACCAAUCAACCUCCUUGGAAGAGAUAAGAAGAAUGGAUGAAGCUGGUCUGAUUGAAAGGAAUCUGGAAACGCCCAUCGCAAAAGACACUGUCACGGUUGCCGAUGGAGGAUACACCGUCAUAAGAUUUCAUGCUGAUAACCCGGGUAAGUUAUAG